AUGAAACAUCGAGAAUUAAGUCGUGCCGCAUUUCCGCGAAAAUUGCGCAAGUCUUGCUCUCUACCAUCAUGCAAAAAUCAAUGUGGCACCUGCAUGCACUGUACAUGUGACGGUCGCUGCGGACAUCACGCUGCUGGUCAUUGUGGAGGCCGUCGAGAAGGUUCUGGUCGCGGAUGCAAGCGCCAAGACUGUACGCGGGACGAUUACUGUCUACAUAGCAGUCGCGCAACUUGUUGCCAUUGUCGCAAUCUCGUGUCUUCUGCCGGUCGCGCGGCUAAGCGACCGAGGGUAACGAUUCCACUGCUACUCACUCAUUCCCACGAUCCGUGUUUCCCAGUGUCGCCUGUCUACCGACAAGACGUUCAAGUUGGUAGUGUAGCGCAAUUACAGGUAUCAAAAACUAGCGAUGAAGUAUUAGAAGCGGAACUUUGUGCUUUUCUGCAUGAUGCCAAUCUUGGUGGUGAUCUCUCGCUAUGCGAGCACGACGAAUGGGCGUCAAGACGCCAGCACUGUAAUCUCGUGGUGUUGGUCUGUGGUACGCAAUUUAAUCUUCACAAAUUUCCAAUGCUUUGGGAGUGUCGCAAAUUGCAUCGAAUGGUGCGUCAAGCAUUAGAAGAAAACGCCAACAAAAGACAUUUAGGCGGAGCAGUACCGAUUCUUGAGCUGCCACAAUUCCCUGGUGGCGCUGAGAUAUUUGAGACACUAGCUGUCUACUGCUACACUGGCGAAAUCUUCUUUUCUGUAUCGAACCUUGCGGUGAUGAAUUGCGUGAUCGAGUUUUUAGAUAUGCGCGACGAGAUUCGAGAAAGCGUGCAACGAUUUCUUGACCAACUCUGCCAGAAUAUAGAGGACUUCCGUGACCUGUUGCAAGUGAUUAGCUCAGCAGAGACACUAGCUGAGACGCAACCACAGCUUUUCCACUCAGCGAUUGAAUCGACUAUUGAAAUGUGCAUUAACGCACUUGUGCAGAGAAAAGAUUUUCUUGACACAGACGCAAUUUUGCAGCUAUUCACGUUGCCUAGUAAGCUAUUCAAUAAGCUUACACAAAAAAUUCUCUCGUUACAUUCUUCAGUCCCAGAUUCAAGACGCUCCAACAUUCAUAACAAAAAUGAAUCAUAUGUGCUGGCAAAGCUGGUACAACUCUAUCGAGACGCACAAUGCACGAACCAAUGCAAUCAAUUUGUUGUACAACAGUGUAUGCAGCUGUUAAGAUGUGAGUGCGACCAAGCGUCCGUCAGCUCGAUGACUGAUAAAAUGGAGACGUCGUUUAGAGAACCUCUGGAAUUCACUCUGUCGAUGACAAACGAUGUGGCAGAUAAGAUGCUAGUCAAAUUUAUCGACGACAACUUGGGAACGUCAAGUGUUCCACAACUCGACGCUUGCGUAUUGGCCACUAGCGAUAGCUUCUACUUUGACGCUUAUACACUAUCGGAAGCCUUCAUCGUUUAA